AUGGUGCAAAGGACGAAGACCCAGGGGCCUUCGCAGGCGGAGCAACUCUUGCGCGUAACAUCUGCCAUCGCCGCGGAACUGAUCAAGGCCCACGAUGGCAAUCUUACCGUUUCGUUGAAUGAGCUUCGGGCAAAAAUGAGCAAAAAGUAUGGAUUUGGGGGCGUUCCGAGGCUGGUGGACAUUAUCAGUGCCAUUCCUGACGACUACAAAAAAGCAUUGCUCCCUAAACUAAAGGCCCGUCCAAUCCGGACAGCUAGUGGGAUCGCAGUCGUAGCGGUGAUGUGCAAACCACACCGAUGCCCGCAUAUCGCUAUGACAGGAAACAUAUGCGUGUACUGUCCAGGAGGUCCAGAUUCCGAUUUCGACUAUAGCACACAGAGCUAUACAGGCUAUGAGCCGACCAGUAUGCGAGCCAUUCGAGCGCGCUAUGAUCCGUUCGAGCAGACCCGUGGGCGAGUAGAGCAGCUUAAAAGCUUGGGUCACAGCGUAGACAAGGUUGAAUUCAUUAUUAUGGGCGGAACCUUCAUGAGCAUGCCAGAGGAAUAUCGCAAUAAAUUUGUAGCUCAACUACACAAUGCUCUAUCAGGCUUCACAGGUUUUAACGUCGAUGAGGCAGUGAGAUAUUCCGAACAGAGUAAAUCAAAGGCCAUCGGUAUCACCAUUGAAACACGACCAGACUACUGCCUGAGACCUCAUCUAAGUCAGAUGCUACGAUAUGGCUGUACACGGCUUGAAAUCGGCGUACAGUCAGUCUAUGAAGAUGUCGCGCGUGAUACAAAUCGUGGGCAUACUGUUCGUGCCGUCUCAGAAUCAUUCCAUCUGGCGAAAGACGCCGGCUUCAAAGUGGUCGCUCACAUGAUGCCUGACCUGCCGAACGUUGGCGUUGAGCGGGACCUGGAACAGUUCAAGGAGUAUUUCGAAAACCCGGCAUUCAGAAGUGACGGAUUGAAGAUUUAUCCAACGCUCGUGAUCAGGGGUACCGGAUUGUACGAAUUGUGGAGAACGGGACGUUACAAGAACUACACGCCGAACGUGCUCGUGGACGUCGUAGCCCGGAUUUUGGCGCUCGUACCCCCGUGGACGAGGGUGUAUCGUGUUCAGCGAGACAUCCCUCUGCCGCUCGUUACGAGCGGCUGCGAGAACUCCGGCAAUCUCCGCGAAUUGGCUCUCAACCGAAUGAGAGACUUCGGUGCAGAAUGCCGUGAUGUGCGGUUCCGCGAAGUCGGAAUCCACGAGAUUCAUCACAAGGUGCGUCCUGAGUCGGUCGAGCUUCUUCGCCGGGACUACACGGCGAACGGCGGGUGGGAGACAUUCCUAUCAUAUGAGGACCCGGAGCGCGAUAUUCUCAUCGGAUUGCUGCGUUUGCGAAAAUGCUCCGACGAGGGUACUUUUCGACCCGAGUUGGUGAAAAAGGAAGGUACAGAAGGCGGGUGCAGUAUCGUUCGUGAGUUGCAUGUAUACGGCACGGCGGUACCAGUUCAUGGGCGCGAUCCGACAAAAUUCCAGCAUCAGGGCUUCGGGACGUUAUUGAUGGAAGAAGCAGAACGAAUAGCCCGUGAAGAACAUGGCAGUGUAAAGCUGGCUGUCAUAUCAGGUGUUGGCACCCGAGAUUACUAUCGCCGACUGGGAUAUGAACUGGAUGGGCCGUACAUGAGCAAAAAUCUGUUGUGA